CCAAAUGGAAGCUUACAAAAUCGACUUAAAAGCUAGGUUGAUUCCUAUCUCCUUUAUAAGAUACCCGUCUCAGCCCUUUCGUUCGUCUCCUUCCACUCUCGCUCUGUGAGCUCGGGCGUCCGUUAUCAGCCUUAUCGUCUUUUCUAAGAGAGGCAGCAAAGUCGUUCUAACUGCAGAUCCGGAGGAGUUUAUCGAAAAUAUGAACAACUACGCUAUGCAGACGAACGCUUUCGCUGCCUCCCGUGAACAUCUCGGCGCCGGCGACCGCAAAUCACCGGUUCUCUGCCCGAAACCUCGCCGGCUAGGUUAUCUUCCUGCCCCCGAAGUCGCUCGUCCUCUCCGGUGGCAAACCAGCCAUCAAGCGGAACCCUGCGGUUCCAAGCCCGGCCUAGAGUUCGUCGAUUACUUUCUACCAAAGGGAGGGGAAUCCUUAUCGAUGUCACCUCCGUUCUUCUGCGGCUCCCCGCCAAGCCGAGCUGGGAAUCCUGUGGUGCACGACGCCCUGUUCUUUGAGAACCGGCCAGUCGGUCCACUUCCGUCGCCCUUGACGGCGGCGUUAGCCGGCGGAAUCGCCGCCUCGUCACCGAUAUCGCCACGGAACUCCGGUAACUGCGCCAGGACAAAUAUUGCCUUGAAGCCGGCAGCGGUCAGAAUCGAGGGUUUUGAUUGCCUCGGUGGCGGCGGCCGCCGUGGAUGCAGUAUCACCGCCGUCGCUUAAAAAGCUCGCCGGCGUUUUAACCGCACCGGCGAUCUCUUUUCCUCGUUGACGGAAGAUCCGUACAAAAGGAAGAGAGGAAGAGGAUUAACUUGAUUUAGUAGAAAGAUAUAAAGUAAAAGAAGAAAUUACUGAAGAGCUUUUGAGAUCCAAGGGGAACAAGAAAAAAAAAAUGAAAUGUUUCCUUGUUGUAAAAUUAUGACAGUCUCGAGGGGUUUUUCACCUCGUGCCUCCUCUAACCUGUAAUUUUGUUUGUAGAUAUGAAUAAUAGAGGGGGAUGAGUUUUUUGUUUUUGUAUCGUUUUUUAAAGUUUGUGAGGUGAUUUUUUGUUUAGCAGGCUGGUAAGGGGGAAGGAGUCCUUUAAUUUUGUGUUUUUGGCGUGAGGAUGUAAUUUAUAUAAUGGGGUUCUGAAUAUUUUCAUAAAGAAUGGUUUGUUUUUGUAUAUUGUUGAUGUAAAUAAAAAGGAACUUGUCUUAUUGUUAA